UUUUUUUUUUUUUAACUUCCAGGUGUUGGUAAAUCAUGCUUAUUGCUACAGUUUACAGACAAGAGGUUUCAACCAGUGCAUGACCUUACUAUCGGUGUAGAGUUCGGUGCUCGAAUGAUAACUAUCGAUGGGAAACAAAUAAAACUUCAGAUAUGGGAUACGGCAGGGCAGGAGUCCUUUCGUUCCAUCACAAGGUCAUAUUACAGAGGUGCAGCAGGGGCUUUACUAGUGUAUGAUAUUACAAGGAGAGAUACGUUCAACCACUUGACGACCUGGUUAGAAGAUGCCCGCCAGCAUUCCAAUUCCAACAUGGUCAUUAUGCUUAUUGGAAAUAAAAGUGACUUAGAAUCUAGAAGAGAAGUAAAAAAAGAAGAAGGUGAAGCUUUUGCACGAGAACAUGGACUUAUCUUCAUGGAAACUUCCGCUAAGACUGCUUCCAAUGUAGAAGAGGCAUUUAUUAAUACAGCAAAAGAAAUUUAUGAAAAAAUCCAAGAAGGAGUCUUUGACAUUAAUAAUGAGGCAAAUGGCAUUAAAAUUGGCCCUCAGCAUGCUGCUACUAAUGCCACACAUGCAGGCAAUCAGGGAGGACAGCAGGCCGGAGGAGGCUGCUGUUGAGUCCGUUUUUACUGUCUCGCUGCCCAAAUGGGGCCUACUCACUAUUUCUUUCACCCUCUCCUCCUGCUCAGCUGAGACAUGAAACUGUUCGAAAUGGCUUUAUGUCACAGAAGACUUUAAUCUUUCAAAUUCUUGUAUAACUUUGAAUAAAUGGUUAAUGUUCACUUAAAAAGACAGAUUUUGGAGAUUGUAUUCAUAUCUAUUUGCAUUUGAUUUCUAGGUCAAUCGAUGUGAUUAUUUUUGUUAACUGUUGUCUUGUGCCCUUACCUACGAACUGAAUUGUAUUAAACACUACAAAGUCAUCUUGAGUAUUUUAAAUUGGUUUGUGUAGUUAGGUUUCCCAACACUUGUGGUUACCUAAUGUUUAAUAUUAAUAGAACUGUCCUCAAAAAGUUUGUCAAUUUUCAAGGCUAUAAGUAAGGAAAAACUGAAGGACUCUUUUAAUUCUGUAUUUGUUUACUUUCUGUAUAUAUAGUUUAAUAACCUGCUUGGGUGUAAUUUGCCAAGCUUGAAUUCAUUAAUGCAUUUGCAUAAAUUCUAUACCGUUUAGAGCUUAAAGCUACCGAAGCAUUGUUAGGAAUUGCUUGGACACUGAAUUUUAAACUUUUUGACAUUGUUAGCAAGCAUGUUCCAUCUUUUCUUGUCUCUAGUCCAAGAAAAAUAUGCUUAAUGUACAUUACUAAAAGCUAUGUAUGUGUUAACCUGUUUUAAUGCCAAAAGUUUGCUGUUUGUCCACAAUUUCUUUAAGACCUCUUCAGAAAAGGAUUUGUUCGCCUUAAUGAAUACUGUUGGGUAAAAACACAGUAUAAUGAGUGAAAUGGGCAGAAGCAAGAACUCCCUACACCUAAGCGACUCCAAGAAGAAUGAAUGUCCACAUUUAGAUGGCACAUUAUGAGGACUUUAAUUUUUCCUUAAACACAAUAAUGUUUUCUUUUUCUUUUAUUCACAUGAUUUCUAAGUAUAUUUUUCAUGCAGGACAGUUUUUCAACCUUGAUGUACAGUGACUGUGUAAAAUUUCCUUUCAGUGGUAACCUAUAAUCUUUGAAAUAUGGUAAGCAUCUUGUCUGUUUUGAAGGAGAUAUGACAAUAAAUCUACCAGAUGGAAAAUCCUGUUAAAAAGUAGAAGAGCUUUAGUAAUUUACUCAGUGUGGUAGUUUUAUCCUUUUUUCCCCUUAUUUUUCUCCCCUGGUCUAUAAUGAAAUUGUUAUAGCAGUGCAAAAUAAAGUCCUAUGUAUAAAAGUGUUCUUUUUUUUAUUAUGACCACAUCAUUUUUUUAAAACUUUUUUAUUUUAGUUCAUUCACAGUUUUUACAUGUAUUUAAGCAUAUUUUUAAGAGGGUCAGAAUGUUUAACACUUAAACUUAGUAAAAAUUUUGCUAAAAGGUGAUAAAACUUCACAGUAUUGAAAUGCUUUGUUAUUGAUGAUGUAAGCAAUAUUUUGCAUUUAACCAGCACAAAAGCGCAUUUAAACUGUAAGAAAGCUUCAUGAGGAAGUGCUACGAAUGAGACUACUUUCAAUUUACUCAGUGACUUCACCUUUCUACAAGUCUUCCCUGAAUAUUCAGCAGUACUCUGAUAAAGCUUUAACAUUACUGUUAUGGGAAGACACGUAAUGCUGUCUUAGUUUUGUUUUAUCUAGCUCCUGGAGGACAGAGGGAAAGGUCAGAGGAGAUUGAGUUUGAGUAUUUUUAUUAUAAACUUUUUUCCCCUUAAAGUGGUCAUAUCAAAUUCAUUGAUCUUACCAUUCACUUUCCUUAGUGAUGAGUAGAAAAAGUUAAGGCAAGUAAGACUUGUUCUGCUCUAUACCAAGAAGAGGAUGAUUCUUUGGAAAUUGUUAUUUUUAAACUGCUCUUAACUUUUCCAGAAGUUUAAUGUGUUUCUUCUCCAUGCUGUGUUGCCUAAUUCUUCUGUAAGUCAAGUAUAAGAACAUCAACUAAUGGUAAAAACAACAAACCAGCACAUAAAUUUUAAUACCCUAAGGAAAGAUGGAGCUUUCAAACACAGCUCCUAUACCACGGCAACCUUAACCUGCCUCUGGCUUAGGCAGCAGGGUGAGUAGUGAGUGGACUUCUCUAUAGUUCAUUACUACUUUCUCUACAGAUCUCAUCUACUUACAUCAAUUGACUAAGCAAAUGUACUGUCAGCUUUCUACUCUGCUCAUUUUAUUAUCCCUGUGACAAAUAAUGUAAUAUCGGCACCUGUAAUUGAAUCUUUAAUACUGUAAUUGAGUCUUUAAUCUUUGAUCAGUUUUUGUAGCAUCAUUGGACCUGUUUUAAGAGCUAGAAAAUCAGUCACUAAAAAAUAAAUACAACUUUAAAUGUCUCAA